GAAUACUCAAAGAGAUCAUUAAGGUGGAAAAAUGGUUUCGGUUUCAAAACUUGUUAACUCGGGUAUAAUUCUUGCUGGUCAGUCGGUAUACCAGGACCUUGCAACUCCAGAACAAGCAUCGAUUGAACAAUUCAAUAUAAUCAGACAUUUGGGUGGUGCUGCUCCUUAUGUACAAUACUCACCUGCUUUUGGUAUUGGGUUGGAGUUCCCAGAAGAAUGUUCUAUUGAACAAGUUCAGUUGAUGUCAAGACACGGAGAAAGAUAUCCAACUGCCAAAAAAAGUGGGAAGUUCAAAAAGGCCAUUUCUAAAAUUAAGGAAUACGGCAAAACUUUCAAAGGAGAUUUGUCAUUCUUGAAUGAUUAUACUUACUUUGUUGAAGAUGAUUAUUGGUUAGAUAGAGAAACUUCUAGCGAAAAUUCUCAAGGGUUAUACGCUGGUACUUUAAAUGCCAUGAGACAUGGUGCUUAUUUCAGAAGUAGAUAUAAUGAUUUAUUCAAUGAGAAUGAAACUUUACCUAUUUUCACUAGUAACGGCGAAAGAAUUUACGUUACUUCCGAAUAUUUUGCUAGAGGGUUCUUAGGAAGUGAUUACUCUAAAGAAAAUGUUGACUACGUUAUCUUGAGUGAAGAUGGUGAAAACGGAUUAAACUCUUUAACUCCAAGACAUGGAUGUUCCACCUACGAUAAAAAAGCUAAUGAAGAUUUGGUUGAUGAAUUCCCUAAAACAUAUUUGAAAAAUAUUGUUAAAAGAUGGCAACAAGACAAUCCAGGCUUAGAAUUGAAACCAAAGUAUGUUAGACAUUUUUUUGAAAUGUGUGCUUAUGAGUUAAACGUUAGAGGACAAUCACCAUUUUGCGAUUUAUUUACUCCAAAUGAUUUCGUGUGGUUUGGAUACUAUCAAGAUGUUGAUAGUUAUUAUAGUACUGGUGCUGGGAAUAACAUGACUAAACCGGUUGGUUCAGUUGUAUUAAAUGCAUCAUUAAAAUUAUUAAAAGAAACUAAUCAAACUCAAAAAAUUUGGUUAAGUUUUGCUCAUGAUUCAGAUUGGGAUAUCUUCCAUAGUGCAUUAGGUUUAUUUGAAGAUGAUGAUUUACCAAUUGAUAAAGUUGAUUUUGAUAAUAAAUAUAAGCAUGCAGCCAUUUUACCUCAAGGUGCAAGAGUUUAUACUGAAAAAUUGAAAUGUAAUGAUGAAAGUUAUGUUAGAUACAUUGUUAAUGAUGCAGUUAUUCCUAUUCCAACUUGUUCUGAUGGUCCAGGUUUCAGUUGUAAAUUAGAAGAUUUUGAAGAUUAUAUUAAUGAUAGAAUUGGAGACAUUGAUGCUGGUAAAGUUUGUGAUAUUCCUUCAAAUAAAAGUCAAGAAAUUACCUUUUAUUGGGAUUAUCAAAAGAAAAACUACACUGCUCCAUUAGAACUUUAA